AGCUGUUUGUCUAACGAGAUGGGGAUUAUCUGGAUCGUAACUUUAUCUCUUCUGGGGGAACUUUCGGAUGCUCUUUAUAUGCCGAAAUUUCUAUGCGUCCCUCCAUAUGUGGCCUUUGAUGGUAGUUGCAUCAUUACUACCACCAGUAAGCCCCAGAUUUUGCCUUGCUCAGGAAUCAGUUCCAAUAAAUCAUCGGUUUCGGAAAAAGAUAAAACUGAGAUAGGCACUGAGAUAACGCCUGGGAUUUCAAUUGGCCCACCUAGUCAAACGAAAGCUCCAUCAACCGAGGUACCUGGUAAAAUAUCGACGAUUAGUCCUGGAACUUCGACAAGCCCGCCAAUGUCCACCACCGAGAGACCUGGUGUAAUUGUAUCGAGAAGUCCAGGAAUUUCGAUUAGCCCACAAGAGCCACCGCAAACAUCCUCCCCCGUGAUACCUGGUAAAAUAUCGACAAUAAGUCCUGGAUAUUCGACAAGCUUGCCAGUUCCCCUCACAGAGAGACCUGGGGUAUUAGCAUCGGAAGGUCCAGGAAUUUCGAUUAGCCCCCAAGAGCCACCGCAAACAUCCUCCCCCGUGAUACCUGGUAAAAUAUCGACGAUAAGUCCUGGAACUUCGACAAGCCCGCCAAUUUCCGCCACCGAGAGACCUGGUGUAAUUGUAUCGAGAAGUCCAGAAAUUUUGAUUAGCCCACAAGAGCCACCGCAAACAUCCUCCCCCGUGAUACCUGGUAAAAUAUCGACGAUAAGUCCUGGAACUUCGACAAGCCCGCCAAUUUCCAUCACCGAGAGACCUGGUGUAAUUGUAUCGAGAAGUCCAGGAAUUUCGAUUAGCCCCCAAGAGCCACCGCAAACAUCCUCCCCCGUGGAUGUGCAAUCCACAACCAAUCCUACGAUACCUGGUAAAAUAUCGACAAUAAGUCCAGGAUAUUCGACAAGCCUGCCAAUUCCCCUCACAGAGAGACCUGGAGUAAUAGCACCGGAAGGUCCAGGAAUUUCGAUUAGCCCACAAGAGCCACCGCAAACAUCCUCCUCCGUGGGAUUACAAUCAACAACCAUUUCUUCGAUACCUGGUAAUAUAUCGACGAUAAGUCCUGGAACUUCGACAAGCCCGCCAAUUUCCAUCACCGAGAGACCUGGGGUAAAAGUACCGGAAGGUCCAGGAAUUUUGAUUAGCCCACAAGAGCCACCGCAAACAUCCUCCCCCGUAGGUGUACAAUCAACAACCAUUUGUUCGAUACCUGAUAAAAUAUCGACGAUAAGUCCUGGAUAUUCGACAAGCCUGCCAAUUCCCCUUACAGAGAGACCUGGGGUAUUAGCAUCGGAAGGUCCAGGAAUUUCGAUUAGCCCACAAGAGCCACCGCAAACAUCCGCCCCCGUGAUACCUGGUAAAAUAUCGACGAUAGGUCCUGGAUAUUCGACAAGCCUGCCAGUUCCCCUCACAGAGAGACCUGAGGUAAUAGCAUCGGAAGGUCCAGAAACUUCGAUUAUUCCACAAGAGCCACCGCAAAAAUCCUCUCCCGCGAUACCUGGUAAAAUAUCGACGAUUAGUGCUGGAACUUCGACAAGCCCGCCAAUUUCCACCACCGAGAGACCUGAGGUAACACUAUCGAUAAGUACUGGAAAUUCAAUUAGCCCCCAAGAGACCCCGCAAACAUCAUUCCCCGUGGAUUUACGUCCAACAACUAUUUCAUCGGUUCCUGUUAUAACAAAGGUCACUGUUCCUAGCGUUGAAAAACCAAAAAAACCCAGUAUUCCUGAAAUAUUGCCGAUAAAUCCCAUAGUUCCUGACACAUCUCAAUUGAUUGACAGUAUUUUAAAUGGUGUAAAACUACCGGUAAUUCCGAAUCCCGGGGGUCUGCCUCCACUAAAAAUACCUCCGCUACCCGGCAUUCCUGGAAUUCCUAAUCUUGGUAACAUACAGAUACCACGGAUUCCCCCUCUCGGUAAUCUGUCUGCACUAAAAAUACCACCGCUACCCGGCAUUCCUGGAAUUCCUAAUCUUGGUAACAUACAGAUACCACGGAUUCCCCCUCUCGGUAAUCUGUCUGCACCAAAUAUACCACCGCUACCCGGCAUUCCUGGAAUUCCUAAUCUUGGUAACAUACAGAUACCACGGAUUCCCCCUCUCGGUAAUCUGUCUGCACUAAAAAUACCACCGCUACCCGGCAUUCCUGGAAUUCCUAAUCUUGGUAACAUACAGAUACCACGGAUUCCCCCUCUCGGUAAUCUGUCUGCACCAAAUAUACCACCGCUACCCGGCAUUCCUGGAAUUCCUAAUCUUGGUAACAUACAGAUACCACGGAUUCCCCCUCUCGGUAAUCUGUCUGCACUAAAAAUACCACCGCUACCCGGCAUUCCUGGAAUUCCUAAUCUUGGUAACAUACAGAUACCACGGAUUCCCCCUCUCGGUAAUCUGUCUGCACCAAAUAUACCACCGCUACCCGGCAUUCCUGGAAUUCCUAAUCUUGGUAACAUACAGAUACCACGGAUUCCCCCUCUCGGUAAUCUGUCUGCACCAAAUAUACCACCGCUACCCGGCAUUCCUGGAAUUCCUAAUCUUGGUAACAUACAGAUACCACGGAUUCCCCCUCUCGGUAAUCUGUCUGCACCAAAUAUACCACCGCUACCCGGCAUUCCUGGAAUUCCUAAUCUUGGUAACAUACAGAUACCACGGAUUCCCCCUCUCGGUAAUCUGUCUGCACUAAAAAUACCACCGCUACCCGGCAUUCCUGGAAUUCCUAAUCUUGAUAACAUAAAGAUACCACGGAUUCCGCCUAUCGAUAAUCUGUCUCCACCAAAAAUACCACCGCUACCCGGCAUUCCUGGAAUUCCUAAUCUUGAUAACAUAAAGAUACCACGGAUUCCGCCUAUCGAUAAUCUGUCUCCACCAAAAAUACCACCGCUACCCGACAUUCCUGGAAUUCCUAGUAUUGAUAAUGUAAAGAUACCACGGAUUCCGCCUAUCGAUAAUCUGUCUCCACCAAAAAUACCACCGCUACCCGGCAUUCCUGGAAUUCCUAAUCUUGAUAACAUAAAGAUACCACGGAUUCCGCCUAUCGAUAAUCUGUCUCCACCAAAAAUACCACCGCUACCCGACAUUCCUGGAAUUCCUAGUAUUGAUAAUGUAAAGAUACCACGGAUUCCGCCUAUCGAUAAUCUGUCUCCACCAAAAAUACCACCGCUACCCGGCAUUCCUGGAAUUCCUAAUCUUGAUAACAUAAAGAUACCACGGAUUCCUCCUAUCGAUGGUCUGUCUCAACCGAAACUUCCUUCGAUACCCAGCAUUCCUGGUAUUCCUAGUAUUGAUAAAUUAAAGAUACCACGGAUUUCCUCUCUCGGUGGUCUUUCUCCAUCAAAAAUCCCUUCGAUACCUGUCAUUUCUGGAAUUCCUAAGAUUGCAAAUCCAAAGAUACCACGGAUUUCCCAUCUCGGUGGUCUAUAUCCACCAAAACUUCCUUCGAUACCCAGCAUUCCAGGAAUUCCUAGUAUUGAUAAAUUAAAGAUACCACGGAUUUCCUCUCUCGGUGGUCUGUCUCCACCAAAACUUCCUUCGAUACCUAGCAUUCGUGGAGUUCCUAGUAUUGAAGAUCUAAAGAUACCACAGAUUCCCCCUAUCGGUGGUCUGUUUCUACCAAAAAUUCCUUCGAUACCUGGCAUUUUCGGAAUUCCUAGUAUUGAAAAUCCAAGUAUACCACGGAUUCCCCAUCUCGGUGGUCUGUCUCCACCAAAACUUCCUUCGAUACCUAGAAUUCGUGGAAUUCCUAGUAUUGAAGAUCUAAAGAUACCACGGAUUCCCCCUAUCGGUGGUCUGUUUCUACCAAAAAUUCCCUCGAAACCUGGCAUUUUCGGAAUUCCUAGUAUUGAAAAUCCAAAUAUACCACGGAUUCCCUCUCGUGGUGUACGUGGAAUUCCUAAUUUUGCAAGACCAGGGAGACCACGGAUUCCACCUCUAGGAGGGUUAAGCCCGCCAAAAGCGCCAACGAUUCCACGAGUAAUGGAUCCCAGGAUCACAGUUCCCAAGCUUCCGAUAUUGCCUAAUAUGGUAAAUUAUGCUAAAGACAUAAAUUUGGAUAAUAUUAUUCCCAAAGACCUAUUUAAACUAAACCCAUAUUCGUAAGGACAACGGGUAUUUAGUUAUUAGUUUACAAUGAGGGGGAGAAUAAAUAAAUAUUGCUCAACUGUUUUACUUGAACAUUUA